GUGCGGUGCCUCCUUCCCGCCCGCAGUGGUACGUCCUGCCUCUCCCCUUGGUGCUGCGGAGUAGUGCAGCCCGCCCUGCAGACACUCCGGCUUUGCCUCCUCCCUGCAUGGCUCGGGCUUAGUCCGAGCCGGCGAAGGUGCGAGCGAGGGCGGAGAGCCGGCGGCGGCAGGUGCGGGAUGGCGGCGGGCCGGGCGGCCGCGCUGCUGGCGCUGUGCGGGGCGCUGGGCGCCUGCGGGCUGCGGGGCUGCGCGGCGGAGGAGCCGGAGGGCGCAGCCGGGGCGAGCCGGCGGCGGCGGCUGAGCGCGGAGGACGGCAUCUCCUUCGAGUACCACCGCUUCCCGGAGCUGCGCGAGGCGCUGGUGGCCGUGUGGCUGCAGUGCCCCUCCAUCAGCCGCAUCUACACCGUGGGCCACAGCUUCGAGAGCCGCGCGCUGCUGGUCAUCGAGAUCUCCGACAACCCCGGCGAGCACGAGCCCGGGGAGCCUGAAUUUAAAUAUGUUGGAAAUAUGCAUGGGAAUGAAGCUGUUGGAAGGGAGCUGCUCAUCUUCUUGGCUCAGUACCUGUGUAAUGAAUACCAGAAAGGAAAUGAGACUAUUAUCAACUUGAUCCACAGUACGCGGAUCCACAUCAUGCCAUCCUUGAAUCCUGAUGGGUUUGAGAAGGCUGCAUCCCAGCCUGGUGAACUUAAAGACUGGUUUGUUGGUCGAAGUAAUGCUCAAGGAAUAGACCUGAACAGAAAUUUCCCUGACCUAGAUAGAAUAGUCUAUGUUAAUGAGAGAGAAGGUGGUCCAAACAAUCACCUAAUGAAAAACAUGAAGAAGGCUGUGGACCAGAAUCCUAAGCUUGCUCCUGAAACAAAGGGUAUCAUUCACUGGAUUAUGGAUAUUCCCUUUGUUCUCUCAGCCAAUCUCCAUGGAGGAGACCUUGUUGCAAACUAUCCAUAUGAUGAGACUCGUAGUGGAAGUGCUCAUGAAUACAGCACCUGCCCUGAUGAUACUAUUUUUCAAAGCUUGGCUCGGAGUUAUUCAUCUUAUAACCCUGCCAUGUCUGAUCCAAACAGGCCACCGUGUCGUAAAAAUGAUGAUGACAGUAGCUUUGUAGAUGGAACAACCAAUGGUGGCGCUUGGUACAGUGUUCCUGGAGGAAUGCAGGACUUCAAUUACCUCAGCAGCAACUGCUUUGAAAUCACUGUGGAACUGAGCUGUGAGAAAUUCCCACCAGAGGAAACUCUGAAGAGAUACUGGGAGGACAACAAGAACUCACUUGUCAAUUACAUUGAGCAGAUACAUCGGGGAGUGAAGGGAUUUGUUAGAGAUCUUCAGGGUAAUCCAAUUGCAAAUGCUACAAUUUCUGUGGAGGGAAUAAAUCAUGACAUUACAUCAGCCAAAGAUGGGGAUUACUGGAGAUUGCUUGUGCCUGGAAAUUACAAACUCACAGCCUCAGCACCAGGCUAUCUAGCAAUAACUAAAAAAGUGGCUGUUCCCUUUAGCCCUGCCAUUGGGGUUGAUUUUGAAUUGGAAUCAUUGUCUGAGAGAAAAGAAGAAGAAAAGGAAGAGUUAAUGGAGUGGUGGAAGAUGAUGUCAGAAACCUUAAAUUUUUAAGUGAAGCUUUGAAAUUACACCUUUUAAUCUAUGACGUGUUGACUUAGUAUACUGUACUGUGGACAGUCCCUAUACUUUAGAUUUUGUGCAAUUCACAGUAUUUAGAGGUUUUUUCAGCAAUCUUUGGAUUAGUAACCUGAUUUUAAAAAAGCUACUAGUUAGACAAAUAAGUUAUUACAUUUCUUUCAUAUUAUUAUAGAACAUUCAUUUUCCUACAUAUAUGAUGCAGAAAAACAGAGGGAGCACCUCAGCAGCCUAAAUGGAAAUAAAAUUUUCUGUUUGUCAUUUACAAAUUCAAAGCGUGUAGAUUAACUCUUGAUUAUAAAAAAAAUGUAUAUUUUAAGUUCCAAAUAUCACCAAAAAUAUUUGGUAGUACUUAUAAGGAAAUGACCAUUCUGUAUUGAAUUAGCUAAUGAAUGUCAUUGAAAAGGGAUAUAAUAACAGUUUGGUGUUGUAAGUAAUGUUUGACAAGAAGUAAAAUAGAAUAUAAAAUGUUGUAUGUGUCUGCUGUUGGAGCUAUUUAAGUGUAUAAAAAAAUACGUAUAUGGUUUUAUGUUAGUAAGUGGAAAAAACUUGUUUAAGAGGAUCUAAGAUUAAUCGCUGGGAGUGAUACAAGUUUAUUCCUUCAUCUGUUAAUGAUCCUUCAGCACAGAAUUUGGGAUGUUUUGGACACUUAUUAACCAAAUUAAAAAUUAUGAAUGGACAAAGAAGAAUUGUUGAAACAUGUGCAUUUUGUUAACAUGCUUCUUGUGUUUGCAGUGUGUUUCAGUGAGAAAAACGUUCAGUGUUUCAGGUGACGUGUGUGCUGACUAGGUGCCUACUUAUGGAAGAAUGUCUAAAGAUUUCAUUGUGAAGAGGAUGAGCAGCAACAAUCUCAAACACUCAUUGAAAGAUAGCUGAACUUUCAGCUGGAAAUGGGUUGGAAAUAUACUGAGAAUGUAAACACACUCUAAUUAUACACUCUCUCCAGUCAGGAAUUAAUUGUCUUUUAAACUCUUGUUUCUUCUACUGUUGUUUUAACCUGAAACUUGGAGUAACAGAGGUAAGUAAUUGACAUAUACUAAAAUUUUCCAAGCUAAAAUAUAUAAUAUGCAUAUACAUAUGCAUAUAUAUAGUUUCUUUUUUGAAAAUUUAGUUGUUCAGUUUUUUAAACUAAAGCGUUUUGUUUGAUUAUUUAGACCUGGAAAAGUGAAAUGUCAGAAAUGACAAUAUCCAUAUAGACUACCUUAACCGUAGAUGAUAUAAUUUUGACAUAGAUGCACAGAAAUCAAGGGAGCUAUGCUAGUUUAGUUUAUACCAGUUGAGGACCUGUCUGAAAAUUUAGACUUUUUUGCUGUGUGUCAAUUGGUUCAUGAACAGGUGUUUGAGAUCUUUUUCUAUAAGCAACAAUAUGUAAGAACUAAAAUAUUUUAUAUCUUUUCUCAAAGAUUUCUCUAGUGUUAUUGGCCUACAUCAGGGGUAUCAAAUGGAUGAAUGGCAUGAGGCUGGUCCACAGGUCCUGGACCACCUAGAGCAGGCACUGUGUUCAGCAUGCAUCCAAGAGUAAUCCAGCCAGGGUGGCCACUGCAACCAGGCCAUGGACUGGCCCCAUGCCAUGGGCACAUGCUGUGCCCUGUGUUAGUUUGAUCGGAGUCAAGGGCAGCACUGGGGGCCAGAUGAUGAAGCUCUGCAGGCCAUAUCCAGCCCUCAGGCUGUGUGUUUGAUACCCUUGGCCUAUAUUCAGUCAACAGAAGGUCGUUGGAACUCAGCAACUCCAGAUCAGGCCAUCAUUGCCUAAUUUUGUACAUAAUUAAGUCAAUUCAAAAACAUCUGCUUUGGAUGGUUGAAAUUAACAAAUCCUAUCCUUGGACUUUUGCAGUUCUGAAAACAAAUGUGGCCUUUGACCUUCUAAAAUGCCCAAGGGGCUGAAGUGAGAAGUAAUAAAAAUGAAUAGUCCUGAAUAAAAAUUUACUCCAUAACAUGCAGAUCAAUGUUGCAGUUGAUAUUGUAUUCCAAAUGCUAAGGGAACACUUCUGGAUAUAAGUUGCAAUGAUUUGUUAAAUGCUGGUAUGUUUAGUACCUAUUUCAUAGUUAGGGGUCUACUCAACUUGAGGCAGCAGCCGGCUGAUUUUGCAGGGCUGUCCACUAUUUUCGAGGGCUUAUUAUGGCAGCCCCCCCCCCCCCAUACCUCUGAUUGGUGGAGGGGCCCCAGUGGCCCUGCCCCCUGCUGCUGAUUGGUGGAGAGGGCUGUCCAUCAUAUCACUAUGCUCCUCACUGCUGAUUGGCUGAGAUGGCCUCUGUCAUGAGAACCUGCCCCUUGCCACUGAUUGGUGGAGAGGAGGUAGGGCUGCAUGGCAAGCAGCCCUCUCAGCCAAUCAGUGGCUAGGGGCAGAAGCAGCAGCCAUCUUGCCUGUUUGUCUUCAUGCUGGCAGCCCCUUUCAUGCCAGGCUGUGUGGCUGGUAGGAUUGCUGGCUGCCAGUAGGGAGCCAGCAUUUUAUUUUUAGUAAGGUUCCUUCACUCCCCCACAGAGAUUUUGUGGAGAUCUCUUAAUUUCCAUGAAAUCUAUGCAGUUGGGAUUUGGGUAGGUCUCUAAUCAUAGUUAGGAUUAUAUUUAGGAUGCAAAUGUAAAGAAUCACAUCUAUCUUUGGCAUUUUGGUGAUAAAAUAUAACUCCUCUUCCCCCCACAAAUGUGUGCAAAUAUAUAAGGUAUGCAUAAAUGCACAGCUAUACCUACUAUAUAGUAAUUUAAAAUUUAGGAGAUGUUAAAUUCAAGCCCAACUUUUAUGUAUACUUAUGUUUAUGGAAAUCCUGAUCCUGUGUUCAAAUGAGCUGGGCAAAGUCAAAACAAAUAGUUUGCAAAAUAAGUUAAGCAAAAGACUGCUCAUACUUGGCAAAUAGGUGCAGAAUUGUUUUCAGACUUAAGCUUUUGUAAUAAGGCAAGUGUACAGAAAACAAAACCCCAUAAACUUUAGGCCAGAAUAUAAUACAAUUAUACGGCGCAAUGCCUGUCAUGCAUCCAGUCUUCCUGUGUGGUGGAUUCUGUGGUAUAAUUAUUGCAGACAUUAUAUCAAACUGAACCUCAUAAUGGAUUUCUGAUCCUUGCUUGUAUUUCAUGAAUGUCAUAAUCAGGUCUAUUGUUUCAUGCAUUUGUAAUGAAAUGUAAUUUCCCAUAAGCAAUUGUCUUGUUUUCCUUUAGAUGUCUGCUUGCUAUUGUAGCAUUAAAGCAGGUUUAUGUAAUUAAAUAUUACAACACCAGAACCACUGCCACAGUUCUUACUGUAAGUAAAAUUGCUUAAGAACAGCAUAACCAGAACUCUCAAUAACUAGUUCAUUGUGUAGCUUUUCUGGUUAAAGAGUUGUGCUGUAGGUCUGUGUAUGUUGCAAUGGAAGAUUAAAAUGUUGUGUGAUGCAGAGUUCUUUGGUUAAAAAGGCACAUGUUGUACUAUUGUACAAUAAAUAUACAGGUCUAUUUAA